GUAAUAAUGGAUUUUGUGUUGAAUCUCAUACAUUAGUCUUAGACAAUACCCUUCAGACAAGGAGUGAAGUUUAACAACUACAAUAUAGUCUGCAUGUAGAUGAUAUGAAUUUAAAAUAGCAUCUCUGUUUGUGCAUACAUUUUGGCAUUGCUAAUUAAUGGCACAAUUGGUGUUAAGACUGCCAAAUCCACAAGUGAUAGUUAUAAAUUGGUAGUUACACCUCCUCCUUGGGCAUUUUCAAUAUGGGGAAUCAUUUUCAGUAUCAAUUGAUAAUUACUUAAUAAAGGCACUACAUUGGUGGCAUUAUUGUGGAGCAUUCAUUCAGUGUCUUGGAGUUUAGAAACCCACUUGUACUUUUGGCUUUAUUGUUUCACAAUUUCAGUUUGGAUCUUACUUUGGGCAAUUGUUAGCAAGAUAACAAUACUUUUAUGCAAAAUUGUGCUAAUUUUAUUAACAAUUGUAUUAAAAAUCAAAUAAUAUUUAAGAAUAUUUAUCUACUUUGGAAGAGUACACUGGUUUUGGAGAACGAUGAUUGGUCAAUAUACCUGAUGAGGGGAGCAAUAGCAUUUUAAUUGGGAUGGACUUCAAGUGCAUAAUGUUUGAACUUCUGCAUUUGUUUAGUGCAUGUCUUUGGUGUCACACAAGACAUGAUAUCUAAGUUGAUUUGGGUAUGCAUAGUAGUUGCCCAUUCAAUCUAUUUGAGCUUAGCUUAUUGUCAUUCAAAAUAAUGUAGUCAUAUUAUUAUAUAAUUUUAGACAACAAAAACAUGUUACUAAAUUUUGGAGGUUAUUUGUUAAGUAUGACUUGGGCAAUAAUGGGAGUGGCAAUUUCGUACAAUAAUUAUAGUUCCGGAAAGGCAAUUAAUAAAUAAAAAUGA